GGCUAGUCUGCACAGCCACCCUCCAGCCCGCGAUGAUCUCCGGUUCUCCAAUGCGACAAGGGGGAAAUCAUGGAUGCCUAGCCACCGUGACAGAUUCUGCGUGAGCUUGUUUGGUUUCUGGGGUAUAGAUACCUGGAGUCCCCGUGCGGCGUGUAAUUGCCUCUCAUCCACCUCAGCAAUGGCAACCGAUACAAUAUCCCCAGGGCACAAGGACGAGGCCAAUUCCAAAUCCUGGCUCCGUGAACAGAUUGUCUCUCUUCCCCAGCGACUGUCCCGCAUUGCCUCCGCACGCCCGGUCCACACAAUCGGUCUCAUCUCCCUCCUCGUGAGCUCCGCAUACGUUGCCUUGCUUGAGAACUCCCUCGACGUUUCGAAACAAGGCUACCAGCUGGAAAUCCCACGGCAAUUCUAUGCUGGUCCCGAGACCGCGUGGCAAUGGUCCAGCAGGAGCAGGGACGCGGGCGAGGGAGUGGACCACCGUGCCCUAGUUACGCUUGAAUUUGGACAUGUUUUAUCUAGUGAUACUCCUACCAUCUCCCUGCCCGAUCAUCUCUCCGUCGACCGGUUACCGUCAAGGCCAGAUCCGUUGGCCUCCACCCACAAACAAUCGCUGGCGUUUUCCGUUGCUCAGCGCGACGUACACGAGUUCCUCGACCUUUUACAUAAAUCCCCAGCAGCAAGCUCCGAGGAACAAUUCGAGGGAUAUAAAUGGGCUAUACAAACACAGGAGGGAGGCCCCCGACGGGGAAUUGUACAAUUCGCACGCGACAAAUGGACGGAGUUGGUAUAUCUCUUCAACCACGCCGCUCCUCUGGAUAUCGCGAUCAUGGCUGCGGCCUAUAUCGCGAUGCAUUUGACAUUCGCAUCGCUCUUCCUCAGCAUGUACCGCAUGGGCUCCCGAUUCUGGCUCUUCGCCGGUGUCCUGAUCUCGUCGACGUUUGCUUUCCUAUUCGCUCUGUUUACUACGACCAGGCUUGGUGUGCAUAUCAAUCUUGCGCUGUUAUCAGAGGGUCUCCCUUUCCUUGUUGUCGUUAUUGGCUUUGAGAAUCCUGUCAGAUUUACCCAGGCAGUCCUAAGACAUGCUACUACUGGGAAAGAGACGGGCCCGUCCAGUAUCAUCCAAACCGCCAUCGACAAGUCCAUCAAACAAGAGGGACCGAGUAUUGUCAAGCACUAUGCGCUCGAGGUUGCCGUCCUCCUAGCCGGUUCUAUAUUCAGCGUCGACCCUGCACUCCGCCAGUUCUGCUUCCUCGCAGCCUGGAUUCUCUUCUUCGACUGCAUCAACCUCUUCUCGUUCUACACUGCUAUCCUCUGCAUGAAGCUCGAGAUCAUCCGAAUCCAGACCAGCGGCAAAGAGCACCGUCCCAAGGCCCGCGAGGACAGCUGCAUGACGGUGUUCGGGCAGCAGCUAUCCCGGACUCAUAUCAGCAAGUUCAAACUGGGGAUGGUGGCUGCCUUUGUUCUGGUGAAUAUCCUGAACAUGACCAUGAUUCCAUUUCGCAUAACGACCGGUUCUCCAAGUCUGUCCAGGUCUGACUCCAGACCAUUUUCGGGUCUUCAUACCAAUCUCAAGGCGAUAUUGGACAAAGCCACUCUCACUGAGCAAGCAACGCUUGUAUCUGUCCUUCCGCCAGUUCAAUUCGAAUUGAUGGAGGACAAAGAGUUUCAGACAUACGGUGUUGAUAGCCUGCUGAAAAGCCUCGAAGAACCCGUGCUGGUGAAGUGCGUUCUUGUUGCGCUGGUUAUCAGCGUGGCGUUGAAUGGACGGCUUUUUGCUGCUGCGCGAUGCGGAGUGAAGGAUAAGGAUACUGCAGCCAGUGGUAAUAAUGAGAAGAAAGCUGCUUCGAAGCUGGAAAGUCCACAGAAACGGUUUAAACCAGAAUCAUCUACUGACUAUACUCAUCCGAGCAAGUCCGUACCGAAGACUCAAUCCGCAGUUAUACAGCCAGCCCGCACUGAAGCUGACUGUCAAAUGAUACUCAAAAACGGCCGUUCUCAAGACCUCACAGACGAGGAAGUUAUCGGUCUCUCACUAGGCGGAAAGCUUCCUCUACACGCCCUCGAGAAGACCUUGAAAGAUUUCACCCGCGCCGUCAAGAUCCGCCGAAACAUCGUCUCCCGAACCCAAGCCACAAUCGAUCUCACACAAUCGCUCGAAGUCUCAGAGCUGCCAUAUGAACAAUACGACUGGUCUCGUGUUUUUGGAGUUUGCUGUGAAAACGUCGUCGGAUACAUGCCUGUCCCUGUUGGACUUGCCGGUCCACUUACCAUCGACAACAAGAGCUAUUUCCUUCCUAUGGCCACAACAGAAGGGGUUCUCGUUGCAGGAGUCAUGCGAGGCAGUAAAGCAAUCAACGCGGGAGGAGGCGUCAAGACCGUUUUAACAGCAGAUGGAAUGACGCGUGGUCCCUGCGUUGCAUUCGAGAGUCUAGAUCGAACAGCACAUGCGAAGAAAUGGCUUGACUCGGAGACCGGCCAGGAUAGUAUGAAGAAGGCAUUCAACUCAACCACUCGAUACGGACGUCUAGAGUCAAUGAAAACAGCCAUGGCUGGAACGAACCUGUAUAUCCGCUUCAAGGCCAGCACGGGCGACGCAAUGGGGAUGAACAUGAUCUCAAAGGGCGUCGAGCACGCACUGAACACGAUGCGCGAGAAUGGAUUCGAGGACAUGGAUAUCAUAUCUCUCAGCGCGAACUACUGCAGCGACAAGAAGCCCGCUGCGAUUAACUGGAUUGACGGCCGUGGAAAGAGCGUUGUCGCACAGGCAACGAUUCCAGCGGAGAUUGUGAAGAGUGUCCUCAAGACAGACGUGGAAUCUCUGGUCGCGCUUAAUACAGACAAGAACUUAAUCGGAUCAGCCAUGGCUGGGUCGAUUGGAGGGUUUAACUCCCAUGCAGCUAACAUUGUUGCUGCCAUGUACAUCGCGACAGGCCAGGAUCCGGCGCAGGUAGUCGAGAGCGCCAACUGUAUCACCAUUAUGAAGAACGUCCGCGGCUCCCUGCAAAUAUCUGUUUCGAUGCCGUCCAUUGAAGUCGGCACGAUAGGCGGCGGGACUACAUUAGGGCCUCAACGCGCGAUGCUCGACAUUCUUGGUGUUCGUGGUGCCAACUCCGAUAAUCCAGGAGAGAACGCUCGUCAGCUGGCUCGAGUCAUCGCCGCAGGGACAUUGGCAGCUGAAUUAUCACUCUGCGCUGCGCUGGCUGCAGGGCAUCUGGUCAGGGCGCACAUGCAGCACAAUCGUGCUAGUCAGUGAUACACCACAAUCAGCAUUAAAGAACCCGGUCACACCAGAUGUAGUCUAGACCUUAAAAAGAACAUAGAUGCAGUACCAAAGAACUGACACUUUGACAAGCAUAGGAACCACUCGACGUAGAUAGACCACCAAGCUGUGACAACGGGCUGAACCAGACUUCAUGAACCACCGACUAGUGAUGAUCACCAGGACGGCGUUCGCUGGCCUCGAGUGACAUUUCCGAGGGCAAACCGUGGUUCAUGACGAGCUAGCUAGUUGCGGCAUGAAGACAUGGCCCAGUUCUUUGUAUGUCGGAGUUUAAUUGUAGAGUUCAAACAAAGAAAAAACAUCCCAGC